AUGGAAGCAUACAUGUAAUACAAACUUGUUUCUUAAAGAAAACAUAGUAAUUAAAGACCAACGAGCUGAUCCAUGGAGAUACUUAACGCCCGGCCUGUUCUUCUUCUUCUUCUCGCAUCACUCUUCUUCUUACCUGCUUUGGGAGCUAUCGAUUUUGAAUACUGCAACAAAAGUGGAUACGAUUUCUUUAACGUCUCUCGUGUGGAAGUCUCUCCAAAUCCCGUUGAGUUAGAAGAAUACCCAACCAUAAGGGUAUUCGGUUAUGCAAACAAAAGCAUGGAUGAUGGAACUGUAGAGGUGAAGGUUACAGCUGGGGGAACUACACAAACAAUGGCAAGCUACUCCCUCUGUGUGGUGGGUUUUGAAUGCGCUAUUGCAGCAGGCACCAACUUUGAGUUAGUUCUGGCGGAAGUUCCUCUAGAAUAUAUCGAGGGUGUGUCCAAGUAUGUAUAUUCCGUACAUUUGACUGAUGAUGAUGUGGGGGAAUCUGAAGAGCCAAUACUAAGAAUGUGUGUCGCGUUCGAGAUACCUACUGUAGAUCUCGCAUUGGCCUCUGCUCAGUCGAGUUGAUGGUCGAAAUAUAGUAUAUAUAUGUGUUUUAAGUCUUGAUAUGAGUCUUUGCGUGUCUCUGUCUCUCUACUUGCAUCUUUCCCUUUUAUGUGUGGAACGAAUAAAACAUUUUCCUCAACGAUAUUGCUUUCUUCUC